AUGGCACCGACUACCAAACCAAGCUUUGAAGAAUGGCUAGAUGUCAGUGAGCUAGCAUAUGAGUGGGCGGAGAGCUACGACUCCAAGGACUGGCCACGCCUUCGGUCUAUUCUAGCCCCUACUCUCACGAUCGAUUACAACAAAGUCAAUAAUUCCAAGUUCUCUGAUCUGCCUGCAGACGACUUUGUCGAGAUGAUGAAGGACCCACUGUUCUUAGGCGACCCCAAUAUCGACUCGCAGCAUAUGCUCGGCCUGACCAAAUGGGAGAAAACGUCGGACGAUGAGAUUGUCAGUCACUCUCAAUCGAGGGCUGCUCAUGUCCGGUGGGAGGAGGGACGGGCCGCGGUGGCGGCGAAGGGGCAUGGACAUGGAGUUGUUACCACCACGUAUCGGAAGGUUGAUGGGGUAUGGAAAUGGGCGGGGAUCAAGACAUUAGUGCGCUGGAAUGAAUACGAGUUUGAGAGGGUGUUUCGGGGAGCUGCUGGCAAGUUCGACUAG